UAAGGAUCUUAUCUUUCGAAAAAGCACAAGAUAUAGCUUUCGUGUGGCAUGCCCUAUGGAUUUACAUCGUUAUCCCCUUGAUAUUCAAGACUGCGUAUUUAAAAUUGGUUUGUUAAAAAAUACAGCAGAAAAGGUACGCCUGGAAUGGUGUGAUGUUGACAGUAGUCCAUGUAAGUACUUGGGACCAAGUAUUGCACUAAUGGAAGACAUUCAACCAUUGAAACACGAGAUGAAGGUACCCAAACCUCGUAGCAAAAUCGAAGUUUGGACGACUGGUAAUUACAGUUAUCUGUAUGCGAAAUUUACUUUCAUUCGGCGAUUAACUGGUAGUAUACUCAACGUUUACUUGCCUAGUACUCUAGUAGUAACUAUGUCCUGGCUAUCAUUCUGGUUAGAUGUGAAUGCAGUUCCCGCUCGUGUUACGCUCGGUGUUACCUCUCUUCUUACCAUCAUCACUCAAAUGCUGCAGUCUAGAUCGUACACUCCGCCAGUGGACUAUGUAAAAGCUGUGGAUAUUUGGCUGCUCGCAUGUAUGUUUUUCGUCACAGCUUCGUUGAUAGAAUACGCAUUUGCUCUUCAAUCUGUGGAAUUUAAAGAAAAACGUAAUUCCCCACGCCCAGUUAAGAAAAAUGAAAAAUGUGAUGAGAAACGUAAAACUUCUAAAGAGAAAAUUGAAAAAGUGAAAGGAAAACUUUGUGGUAUUUGGAAGAUUUUCAAGAUGCAAACCACCCUGAAUGAUCGUAGGAUAAAUGUUUUCCACGAGUCACCUCCCAACUAUUCAGAUGAUAUGUUGAUGAUUCAAUUUCUUCACGCAUCUUGCAAGAUCACGGGGUCAUUCAUGCCUGCCAACUUCAUGGAAAAGUCUUCAUCAAAUUGCACUGAUAUCUCGCAUAAACAAAGUAAACCAAUGAAAAUUAGGGAUGAAAAUGAUGUAUAUAGGCUUAUAAAUACUGCUUUAAAUUAAAACCCUUCUCUGAAAUGUAAAUAUUUUGC